AUGAAAGCUAUCCAAGUUAAGAGUACAGGUGAUGUAGAGGUUUUAGAAUAUGUUACCACAGAGCAAGGUGCUGGCAUCGUAGAAUCAGUUGGUGAGGAUGUAAAGGACAUCCAUCCCGGAGAUCACGUAGCUUACCUUGGCCCAUGUUAUGCUGAAUUUACAAUUGCGCCUUCAAAACAUGUUGCUAAAAUACCAGAUGGUCUUGAUCUGAAAUUGGCUGCUGCUUCUGUUCUUCAG